AACAUAUAUCUCACCCGGACGAUACAGCCCAUUGAGAAAGCCCACACUUGGAAGUUCUAACGAUGCAACGGCUGACGGCGGUUGUUUUCGCCUGCGUAAUUGGAGGAGUUUUCCUCGCUGCACCAGAUGCACCAACAUUCGAUAGCCUGCCCGCUGGAAUCGACCCAACUGCAAAGAUUGGACCACCAGGAACUGACGACAAAGCUCUUGUGAAAGUUGGAGAGGUGGCUGAAUCAAUUUUGGAUAAACUUGGAUUCAGUACCAGAGAUGAAAAGGAUAUUCGUCGUGCCCCAGUGCCAAGUUCUUUCUUUGGAAGUGACGAUGUCAACCAAGUUAUUGAAGAGGCUAAUGCUAAUCGUGUUGACCUUCAAGGAAUCACCUCUGGACAAAUCCCAGGACUUGCUCCAAUCCCAGUACCAGGAUUCCCAGGACCACAGGACGCACCAGUUAUUCCAGGAGUCAACACUAUUCCAGGACUUAGCAAUUUUAACUACCUUGUCGGACAACUUUUCCCACAAAUGAUUCCACCAGCAAACACUCUUCUAGGAUCUUCAAUCAGCAGAAUUCUUCCAAAGGAUACUGCAAAAAAUAUCGCAAAGGAUGUGUUCAGAGCUGUUCACCCAACUGCUGAAAAUGUAGAUACCGCUAGAAUGAUGGGAAGAUGGUUCCAAGUUAUCAACUCUCCACAUGUCAUCCGUGAGGCCUGCACCGUGUCACACUUCGGAGCCCUUACGAACAACACAUACUCUGCUUCCUUCACCAUCCUCAAGUUCUACAGAGAAGGAAAUCCAAAUGGAUCCCCAAGAUAUGCUCUCGGAUACGGAUUCAAAUCUGGAGAAACUGGACAAUUCGUUCUUCACAACUCCAAUUCUGCUGAUGCCGAGCCUUUCUGGGUUAUCAAGAUGGGACCACUCAAUGAGUACAAGCAAUACGACUACGCCAUCGUUUCUACCUGGGUCAGAUAUCCAGUCUUUGUCAUUGCUCGUGACCCAGAACGCUUCAGAAAGCUGCACAUGAAGAAUGUCCUCGAAUUCUUGCAACAGAACAACUACAUCAACGUCAUGACCAAGGCCUUCAACAUGAUCUCUCCAGUUGACUAUGAAGCCUGUCAGUACACUCCAACUUUCUCUGGAACCGGAAAGUAAUUGCUUGCAAGCGCCGUACGACUGUCAUCUCGCUGUCGGGUAUCCUCCAUCAAUUAAUUGUUUCUCCCCAAACAUUCCAUUCUGUGUGUAGACAGAUUUUGUAAUAAUAAUAAUUAUAAUAAUGAAACUAAUAACAACAAGAAGUUAGUUAUAAUAACUUGUAAUUUUUCCCUUUCCUUGUGCCUCAUUAAUAACGGAUUCUAUGAAAUCCUGAUCCUCAGUUUGACAAUAAUAAACUAUUUGAUAUUAAA